AUGGCAAAAGCAAAUCACACACUGGUGUAUGAAUUCAUCCUGGUUGGAUUUGCUGCGUCUCCAGAAUUACAGAUUCUGCUUUUCAUUUUCUUCCUGACAGUUUAUUUCAUUACCUUGCUGGGAAAUUUUGGGAUGUUUCUGUUAAUCCAGAUAGACUCUCAGCUUCGCACCCCCAUGUACUUCUUCCUUAGUAACCUGUCAUUACUGGAUCUUUGCUAUUCUUCUGUGGUCACCCCAAAGAUGUUGAUCGAUUUUGUAAUAGAAAGCAAAACCAUUUCCUUAAGGGAAUGUGCAGCACAAAUGUGGUUUUUUGCCUUCUUCGUGGCUGCUGAAUGUUAUCUCCUAACUUCCAUGGCAUAUGAUCGGUAUGUAGCUAUUUCUAAUCCAUUGCUUUAUACGGUUAUUAUGUCUAGGAAAACCUGUCUAUUACUCUUAGUUCCACCUUUUCCACCUUGUUUUGCUGGACUAUUAAAUGCCAUGACACAUACAGUUAUGACCUUCCAAUUAACUUUCUGCAAAUCCAAGAUCAAUCAUUUCUUCUGUGAUAUCCCUGCUGUGAUAUCCCUCUCCUGCUCUGAGACACAAAUCAACAAGAUGGUGCUUUUUAUCAUGUCCUUCACUCUUGGCACGCUCAGCAGCAUUUUUAUUAUUAUCUCUUACAUCUAUAUUGUUUGUGCCAUCCUAAGGAUCCGAUCUGUGGAGGGCCAGCGGAAGGCUUUCUCCACCUGUUCCACCCACCUCACUGCUGUUUCCAUCUUGUUUGUCACCCUCUUCUUUAUAUAUGUGCGACCCAGCCAUAGUUUUCUACCAGACCAAGGCAAGAUGUUUUCUGUGUUUUAUACAGUGGUGAUCCCCAUGUUAAACCCACUGAUCUAUAGCAUAAGGAACAAGGAAGUACAAACUGCUGUAGGCAGGAUGAUCAAAAGGAAGGGACUUUUAUAA